GCAUCUGACCACGGUAGUCAGUUAUUAACCAGUUCUUGUCGAGUACAGUUGUUCAUUACAUCCCGUUGAAGAUCUUCUACCGAAAGCGAUCAUGUUGAAUUGGAAAGUAUUUCUGUUUGUUGCAGUGGCCGUGUUUCUCUUUGUGCAGUUCGACACUGCUGAAUCUUCCCCGUUCACCGAUUUACAACCAACUGGGCGACCGGCCACCGCUGGUCAGGCUUUGAAGAAUAUUCUACAGCGUGCCAUCGGUGAUAAUUCUUCCGACGAGAGCAAACCAAGCGCCGGCAGCAGCGAGGAACUAGGCCGGAUCUACUAUGGGUAGGUGAGAUUGGCGCCUAUUACGAUCACGUUCACCCUAUGGUACACACAACAAAGACUACUGCGGCUGAUGAGCUUCUGUCGUGCGAAUUGGGAUCGAAUGGAGCGCUGCAAUAAAGCCCCCAAACCCCCAUUGCGUGAGUGCAAUUUGUGAAUAGUUCAGGUUAUUGUUCCGCUUGUCAACCGCUAACCCGAACGGCAUCCCAUUCCCGGGGGGAUACUGUUGGAGUACGGUUCAGCACAAGUACAGCUUACGAAUAAACAUGCCCCACGUAGGUCGGUGCUCUUGGGUUCUAGUAACAAUUCUUCACUUCGUCCAUCAUUGUGCGGGUAAGCAUUUUGGGAAGGAACACUCACAAACACUCCAAUUGACCUUGAGCUCUUUGUUUGCUGGUAAUGGCACACGCUUCAACGGAAAAAAGCUUCCCCAGAAGAUCGUAUCGUAGGUCCCGACGUGCCUUCCGAAAUUCCUUCAUCCGAAAUGCCGUUCGUGUGCUCCGUGCGUCUCCAAAGCGUCCACCGAUGCUGUGCCUCCAUCUUGAAUCCGAACUGGCUGCUAACAUCCGGACAGUGUACGGCCGACCUGGCGCCGGAUGCAAUUUCAAUCGUUUGCGGCAUCCGUAUGUAUCGAACGGUGGUGGAGAUUGCACUUCUUCCUUACUACCGUCCGGCUGCAUCCAAACCGACGGCAAACGAUCUUGCACUGGUAAGGAAGUUUUGUUCGAAGGGAAAUGGGUUGCAUCUCACCAGGGAGUUGCCUUCAUUUUGUCCACACUUAGCUCCGAGUGGGGAGAGCACUCAGCUUUACGAGCAACGUGCAGCCCAUUCCAUUAUACGACGGGGUGGAAGUUUCCACAGAGACCGCAACCCUCGUCCGCUACGGACCAAUGGACGAACGGUGGAGUUGGUGGAAUCCAAAGCUUCAGGUACGGAUAUUGAUUUGGAUUGGAGUGCAGCUCAUUUGAAAUGGAACGUUUUUACACAGUGAAGUGGCUUCUUAUUGACCCAGGGAAUAGAAACACGCUAGGGAUAAAACGUUGAAAGAUAAAGGGGGAUUUGAUUGAGCGAUUCCUUUCCCGAGUUGAUUGGGCUUUUGAAAGCUUCUGAAUGGGAAUCCUCCAGCGUUUUUGUUCGGCAGCGAUAAGCACUAAUCUCUCCUAAACAAAACCUCUCAAUUGACCACAGCUGACUGAGGUGUCGAUAUUAUCAGCCUGCGAAUGUCAGCACCGUCUGGGGCCUACUCUGGCCCCCUAUCUCGAACCACGCAACAUCUGUACCGAUAACGGAUUUGUGACGACUAUGCUGCUAACCGCAACAGGUGGCCCGUCGUCGCGCUGUAUCGGUGAUUCGGGAGCACCGGUAAUGUUUGCUGCUUCCGAGCUGCAACCCUACACCCUGCUGGCGGUAACCGGGUGGACGGUCGCUCCUUACGGGACGCGCCCAUCGGUGCACGUUCGUGUUGCGCCGCAUCUCGACGGGAUUCUGUCCAUUAUCGGGGUCAAUUAACGCACCCGAUUAAGUUCCCCCGUUUAAAAUACGCGAUAAGAUAAAUCUUCCCAUUUUUCUGGAUAGCAAAAAUAAAACCAUUUUUGCAACACGAAACACCAACAAUCUCCAUGGGUUUCAACCUUGAUAAAGCCGGCGGGCGCUAAGAUGCAACGGAUCAUUUGCAGUAAUGAAGUCAAUUACGUUGGUGCUGUGGGCGAUUGCGGGCAUUGUUGCCGUUGCCGUUGAUGCUGCUCCCGAGCGUAGAAUCUUCGGCGGUACGGAUGCGUUCGAGGGCGAACUACCAUACCAGGUGUCCAUCCAGCGCGCGUUCCUAACCUCCCGGACGCACGUGUGCGGCGGUACGAUCCUGAACCCGCUGCACGUACUGACGGCGGCCUCCUGCUUCUGGACCGACCAGAGCUCGAGGUUUGAAAUCGUGGCCGGCAAUUUACGCAUUGACCGGCCGGCUGACACGCAGCAGGUGCUCGGUGUGUUCUGGAUCCGAAUGCAUCCGGGAUAUACCGGUGGUACUAGCUCGUUCGAUGUCGCUGUGGUCCGCACCUCGUCCGCCUUCUUCUUCACGAAUCUGAUUCGUCCGGUAGCAUUGCCGGCGUUCGAUGAAAUCCCAACCGGGCUGGUGCGUGUCGGCGGCUGGGGCUCGACCACCAAUAGCAUCCUGCCCGGGAACAACUUCUCCAAUGUGUUGCAGAAAAUCAACGUACUGCUCGUACCGUGGAAUGAGUGUCUGAGUGUGCUGGGUGGUCCGGGGGGACCGUUCGAUGAGCGGAACAUCUGUACCGGACCGUUGAGCGGUGGCAUCUCGACCUGUACGGGUGAUGCGGGCGGUGGUGCGGUGCAGCAUCUUCCGGAUGGGACGUUCCUGCAGGUCGGCAUCAUUACGUGGAAUGUGUUGCCGUGCGGUGGCAUUAACACACCGUCCAUCUAUACGCGUGUGUCCGCCUUCGUCGAUUGGAUACAGGCAAACUCGGCUGUGUAGAGCGGAAUAGCGGAGGGGAAAAUAAGGAAUCGGACGUUUGAUAUUGGGAAGAUAACGGUGCUGAAAAUGAUAGGAAGGGUGGGAAUUUUAAUUACCCAAUACCGGUAUUUUGACAUUAAUAAAAGCAAUCCAAAAGCAGUCUCCCUCAAUUCCCAGCGUUUGGACGAGUGAUUCUGAUGACACAUAUACACAGCAACGCACAUCAAAGCGAGACAUAUCCGAAUCAAACGCUACCAGGCAUCGAUUAAUCAUCGCAAUAUCUUAUCGCCCAACCUCAACCAAAAG